AGCAUCGGGCACAUAAAUGCGCCUCCCACUCCCAAAACUCCUCUUCCUGCGCGCACUGCCACGUUAGAGAAACCCUCCCGACAAACACACUUCACUCACCAGCCUUUUCGCUCUUUCCUCCCCGGGUGUUUCAGGGUCCCCCGCGUCAUGCUGAAGUUGGUGCUGCUGUGCGCCUUGGCGGUGUUCGCCACCGCCGAGCUGUCGGAGGAGGAGGACGUGCUGGUGCUCAACAAGAGCAACUUCGAGGAGGCGCUCAAAGCGCACCCCAACAUCCUCGUCGAGUUCUAUGCACCAUGGUGCGGCCACUGCAAGGCCCUGGCACCAGAAUAUGCCAAAGCUGCAGGAAUGCUCAAGGCAGAGGGUUCAGACAUCCGCCUGGGCAAAGUGGAUGCCACCGAAGAGGCAGACCUUGCACAGGAGUUUGGCGUGCGCGGAUAUCCCACCAUCAAAUUCUUCAAGGGAGGAGAGAAGUCCUCCCCCAAAGAGUACUCAGCUGGAAGGCAGGCUGAUGACAUCGUGAACUGGCUGAAGAAGAGGACAGGACCAGCAGCCGCUGCUCUCACAGAGGUCACUCAGGCCGAGUCUCUCAUUGCAGACAAUGAGGUCGCAGUCAUCGGUUUCUUCAAGGACGUUGAGUCUGAUGGUGCCAAGGCCUUUAUCAAAGCAGCAGAAGCUGUCGACGACAUUCCAUUUGGCAUCAGCUCUGACGAUGCUGUUUUUUCCAAGUUCGAGGUCACCGAAGACUCCGUUGUGCUCUUUAAAAAGUUUGACGAGGGCCGUAACACUUUUGAUGGAGAACUCAGCAAAGAGGGCCUCCUGAGCUUCAUCAAGGCCAACCAGCUGCCCCUGGUCAUUGAGUUCACUGAGCAGACGGCCCCCAAAAUCUUCGGAGGUGAGAUCAAGUCACACAUUUUGCUGUUUGUGCCCAAAGCAAGCAAAGACUUCCAGGACAAGAUGGACAACUUCAGAAAAGCAGCUGAAGGCUUCAAAGGCAAGAUCCUCUUCAUCUUCAUCGACAGCGAUGUGGAUGAUAACCAGCGCAUCCUGGAAUUCUUCGGGCUGAAGAAAGAGGAGUGCCCCGCCCUGAGACUCAUCACCCUGGAAGACGAAAUGACCAAAUACAAGCCAGAGGCGUCAGAGAUCACAGCAGAAAACAUCAUUACCUUCUGCACAGCUUUUACAGAGGGCAAACUUAAGCCUCAUCUUAUGAGCCAGGACAUUCCUGAAGAUUGGGACAAAACCCCAGUCAAGACCCUGGUGGGCAAGAACUUUGAGGAAGUUGUCUUUGACCCCACCAAGAAUGUCUUUGUUGAGUUCUAUGCCCCCUGGUGCGGUCACUGUAAACAGCUGGCUCCUAUCUGGGAUCAGCUGGGAGAGAAGUAUAAGGACAGCAAAGACGUUGUGAUAGCCAAGAUGGACUCCACAGCCAACGAGAUCGAGGCUGUUAAAGUCCACAGCUUCCCAACACUAAAAUUCUUCCCUGCUGGGGAGGAGCACAAGAUAAUUGACUACAGUGGGGAGAGGACGUUGGACGGCUUUACAAAGUUUUUGGAGAGUGGUGGAAAGGAAGGAGGAGCACCAGCAGGAGAGGAUGAGGAUGAGGAGGAUCUGGACCUGGAUGAUGUGGAGGAUGAUUCAGAUGAAGGUCAUGAUGAUGAAGGGCAUGAUGAGUUAUAAAGGCGGAGGACAGCGAGAGAUAGAGGAGGACACGAGGAGAGACAAAACCCCUUCACCACCACCACCACUUCCACUCUAAAACCCCUUCCCUGUCCCAGGAAACCUCAAGCUUCUCCCAGUAAACCCCCACAGCUGCUAGGGCAUCUGCCCUUCUAUCCAACCGCCACAGCAACUUGACUGGUCUCAAGCCUGGACUCUUACCCCUGGACCUCAAAGAAAAGAAAAUUGAAUACACAUUUGGGUCAUUUUUGGAAAGUUUCCCCUGGUGUUACCCCUGAUGUGUGUUAGCGCUGAGGUUUGAGGGGUCCUAGUUGACUUCUGCGCCGGUUCAUCACCUCUGUAAUGAUCCAAGAGAUCAGUAUUGCUUCACUGUUUAAUUUGUUUAAUUUAAUAUCGCAGGGUACAGAGUGAGGGGGGAAGGCCAGUUUUUUGUUGUUUAUUGUUCCACAAACUCUCUCCCUGAGUGAGUGGACAAGUGUACAGUGGCUGGAAUGGACUGAUUUCUCAGGGCCCUGGGGGCCAUACACCCAAUAGGAGGUUGCUCAAGUCAAUACAUUCUGUGUAGAGCGGGCCAUUGCGAUACAAAUGCAGAUGUAGCUGAGACCAAGCUGAGAAUUUCCCUUUUUUGUUCCGCUUUGCAUUUUUUCCCUAUUACAGUCCUAAUGUGCUUCUUUUCUCUGUUUUUCCCCUCAAACUGUUAAAGGAACAGCUCAUCCAUGCAUGCUGACUUGAUUGAAGGUGGCAGAAAUCCUGUAGCUGCUGAUGUAGUCAUGGUUUUUGUAGGCCUUAGCGACUACUGGAUUUUAUUCAUCCUUGGUGACGUUAGCGUUACGGACUGGACCAUUCCUUUAAUAUGUGGCUACUGAAUUGUUUUUUAAAGGUGUUAAAGCUGUUUUAUUUAAUUCUAUUUUUCCAGUUUUUAUUUGAGUGGGUUUUUGUGUAAGGGCAUGUGGCCCUCUCAGUCUCAGAGGAUAUCAAAUAAAGUUCUGUAGCACUUCUUGUUCUUUUGUGACGCCAGCAGAGAUUUCAUAUCAGUUACUGAAACCACAAUUCCAUUAAUGUUCAGGAGAAGUUUUUCUGCCCAUCAUCCCCUUUUGUUUUGUUUCAUUCUUACGGUGGUCCGGUUUGCACCGAGGCGGUUCUGUCUGUGUGGUCAGUAUGUCUGGGAGGGAGAAAAUAAUGCAGCUCAUGCUAACCUGGUCAGCGUUUUGUUUUCGUUUGGUCUUACACGUGUCCAGGGACAGGGUUGUGAAUUAAUUCUAUUUUUUUUUUUUUUUUUUUCUUCACCCCAGCUGUUAUUACUUUUCUAGAAGGGUGGAUAUCGGGGUGAUGUAAAUGGGGGAAGGGAAUGGGGGUUUGUACAUGGAAAGACUUCUGUAAGAGGUUUUGUUUUGUUUUUUUAUUAAAAGCUGUAUUUGAGAGAAAGGUGAGAAGUUGUUCAGAGAACGAAGCAUUCCAUCACAUUUUCAGAUCGAUGUGGAAAAGAUAACUGGUGGCCAAAUAAACAACAAAAUGGUGACAAA